CUCCAGGCUCCGGCUCCAGCUCCCGCCUGGCCGGGCCAAGUAACGUGAUCUUGCUUUUGGCCGGGGUGCACAUUCAAGUCUGUUCAGAGCAGGAGCUCGGGAGGCUGGAGGCUCGGCUCCGCGGGCCUGGACGGCGGGGGCCGCAUCUCCCCCCGACCCAGCCCCUCGGCCUGGCCCGGCCCAGCCUGGCCCUAACCCUGCCCAUGCGGCCUGAGUGAGACCUUCCCCCCGGCUUUGGGACCGAGCUAGCCAUGGGUCCUGGAGUGAGCCCUCCAGCAGAGCCCCCGGGAGGGACGGCCAGGAUGCCCCCCUUCCGAGCGCUUCUAGGUCUGCUCUGCCUCCUGCCGGCCCUGGUCCUGCUGGUGACCCUGAAGCACCCGGCUGCCCCCGAAGCAGGAGGAUCUCAGGAAGACGCCAGCUUGCCGGACCCCCCCAGUUUUGGAGGUCCCCGGGCCCCCCUCGAACGCUCCUUGCCCUCGAAGAGCCGCCCAAGGCGCUACACCAUCACCCCGUCCCGGCUGCACUGGGACCACUUCAACCUCACCUACAAGAUCUUGUCCUAUCCCCGAAACCUCAUCAACCGGAGCGAGACCCGCAGGGGGCUGGUCGCCGCCUUCCGCAUGUGGAGUGACGUGUCCCCGUUCACCUUCAGGGAGGUGGCCCCAGACCUGCCCAGUGACCUGAAGAUAGGUUUCUAUCCCAUCAACCACACGGACUGUGUGCGCUCACUGGUGCACAGAUGCUUCGACGGGACCACGGGGGAGUUGGCCCACGCCUUCUUCCCCCCCAAUGGGGAGAUCCACUUUGAUGACAGCGAAUACUGGAUUGUGGGGGAGACCCGCUUCAGCUGGAAGAAAGGCGUCUGGCUCACCGACCUGGUCCACAUCGCUGCCCACGAGAUCGGCCACGCCCUCGGCCUCAUGCACUCGCUGAACCCCAAGGCCUUGAUGCACAUCAACGCCACGCUGACCGGGAGAAAGACCAUCUCCCAGGACGAGAUGUGGGGCAUUCACCGGCUGUACGGCUGCCAGGACAGGCUGUCCUUGUGCCCGCCGUGGGCACGGAGGGGCUUCUGCGACACCCGCCAGAAGUUCAUGAAGAAGCUCUGCCCCCACAGCUGUGAUUUCUGCUACGAGUUCCCCUUCCCCACCGCAGCAGCCACCCCACCCCCGCCCAGGACCAAAACCAAGCUGGUGGCCGAGGGCAGAAACGUCACUUUCCGCUGCGGCCAGAAGAUCGUCCACAAGAAGGGCAAAGUCUCCUGGUACAAAGACCGGGAGCUCCUGGAGUACUCGUACCCGGGCUACCUGGAUCUGAACGAGGGCCACAUGAGCAUCAUCGUCAACGCCAUCAACGAGGGCACCUAUACGUGUGUGGUCAAGAAGAAGGAGCGGAUCCUCACCACCUACUCCUGGCGGGUCCGGGUGAAUUACUGACACCCCGGGGUCGUCCUAAAGGCAACUGAGGGUCCCGGGAAGGGGGAGGGGUGGCCAGAGCCCUCCCGGCCCCCAGUGUCCCAUUGAUAAAGCAUUUUAGCUGCCAA